AGAUGCAAUGGCAAUGGCAAUGGCAAUGGCAAUGGAUAAGGAUGAUGAUGAUUAUAAUGAUGGUCUUUACAAGGUGUAAGAAAGAAAAUUGUUCCAAAAGACUUCCUUUCGACUACUGAAAGAGGGAUUUUUCAAUUUAGAUUAGUUAAGAUCCUGAUCUCAUUCAAACAUGAAAAAAGCGAAAGAAAUCUCGAUUGAAAGAAGAAAAAGAAUGAUGUCAUUGAAACCCUUUGUAGAAAUCUGUUCAACCUUUGUUUGUCCGUUUUGAGCUGUGGGAUUCACUUUUAUGAUUUGUUGUCACACAAACCCCACACUACUCUUACUUUAGCCCUAAACAAACAUUUUCUCCUAUCAUUCAUUCUCACACUUUGAUGCCAAAAACCCUCUACGCUCUUUCCCUCUCUUCUCAUGGAUCUAGCCUAGUUUUCAAGAAACAGCCUCUCAAAGAAGCAGAUUUUCUUUCAAAUUAAAAUGGCAGCUGAGAAGCCUAGCUCUAAAGGGCAGGCAUGGUUUUGCACAACUGGGCUGCCAAGUGACAUUGUGAUUGAAGUAGAGGACAUGACCUUUCACCUCCACAAGUUUCCUUUGACGUCAAGAAGUAGAAAGCUUCAUCAACUAAUAACAGAGCAAGAAACAAAUCCUACAACUUCAGCCACUCAAAGAGAUGACCACCAAGAAGAAACAGAAGAAGAAAGAGAUGAAAUUGAAGAAAUCCUUUGUCAAAUUUCUCUCCUGGACUUCCCAGGAGGCUCUGAAACUUUUGAGAUGGCUGCAAAGUUUUGCUACGGUGUGAAGGUAGACUUAAACUCAUCUAUCAUUGCUCCUCUUCGCUGUGCCGGAGAGUUUCUUGAAAUGACAGAAGAGUAUUCAGAAGAUAAUUUAAUUUCCAAGACAGAGAGGUUUUUCUCGCAAUCUGUGCUUAAAAGUCUUAAGGAGUCUAUUAAGGCCUUAAAAUCUUGCGAGCGGGUGUUGCCACUCGCUGAGAGUUUAGGCAUUACUGAGAGAUGCAUUGAUUCUAUUGCUUCGAGAGCUUCCUCUGUCGAUCCAGCCUUGUUUGGCUGGCCGGUCAGCGAAGCAGCAAAUGAGAAUGUUAGAGCUGGUUCCAGUCAGGCCCUAUGGAACGGGAUUGGAUCCACGGUAAGAAGAAAAGGAAGCGGUGCCAAAAGCAAUAAUGCGGAUUCUUGGUUUGAUGAUUUGACACUUUUGAGCUUACAGUUGUUCAAGCGGUUGAUUUUGGCUAUGAAAGUGGGAGAUCUGAAUCCGGAGAUUGUAGAGAGCUGUUUAAUGUACUAUGCCAAGAAGCACAUUCCUGGCAUAUCAAGAUCAAAUAGGAGGCCAUCUUCUUCAUCAUCAUCUUCAAUUGCUUCAGAGCGUGAACAAAGGGAAGUGUUGGAGACUAUUGUUUCCCAUCUUCCAUUGCACAAAAGUUCUAGAUCUUCCACAACUACAAGGUUCUUUUUUGGUUUGUUAAGAACUGCAAAUAUACUAAAUGCAGCUGAAGAGUGUCGGUCCACAUUGGAGAAGAAGAUUGGGUUACAACUAGAGCAAGCAACACUAGAUGAUUUAUUGAUUCCUAGCUAUUCAUAUUUGAACGAGACUUUAUAUGAUGUGGAUUGCUUGGAGAGAAUCCUAGGCCACUUCUUGGAUGGACUUGAAGAAGAGAGAAACGCAGGUGAGAUUGAAGCUGGCGACGAUGGUGGAGGUAGCAAUGUGAGACCACCCACUUUAAUGCUUGUAGGAAAGCUAAUUGAUGGCUAUCUUGCCGAGAUUGGAUCAGAUGCAAAUUUAAAGUCUGAUAGGUUCUACAAUCUCGCAAUUUCACUACCGGAGCAAGCUAGACUCUUUGAUGAUGGCCUUUACCGAGCUGUAGAUGUGUACCUCAAGUCACAUCCAUGGACAUCAGAGGCGGAGCGAGAGAAGAUAUGUGGAAUCAUGGAUUGCCAAAAGCUCACAAUAGAAGCGUGCACGCACGCAGCACAAAAUGAGCGGCUUCCAUUGCGUGCAGUGGUUCAAGUUUUGUUUUUUGAGCAGUUACAACUCCGCCACGCAAUUGCAGGGACAUUGAUUGCAGUGGAGGCUGAUUCUGCAAGGCCCUCCCUGCUAAGACGGAGGGAGGAGGAGAUAGAGGCAGAGGCAGAGGCAGAAGCAGAAGCAGAAGCAGGGGCAAUGCAGGAGGGUAACAGUAACGCUUGGAGGGGAGCGGUGAGGGAAAAUCAAGGGCUGAGGCUAGACAUGGAUAGCAUGAGGACUAGGGUACAUCAGCUUGAAAGAGAGUGCUCAAAUAUGAAGAGGGUGAUUGAGAAGAUUGACAAGGAGGGUCCACGUGAGCAUAACGGAGGGUGGAGAGGGUCCUUGACGAGGAGGUUUGGGUGCAAGUUUAAGACCCAAGUUUGUGAUUCUCAUGAACAAGCGGUUGUAAAUGCUAGGAAGGGAAGACAACAUCAUCAUCAUCAACAGUAGAUGUCUCAGUAUGGGAACAGGAUGCUGUUUUUCCACCAAUGAUUCCGUUGAGUGUCCAAAUUGACACAUCUUUUAAGGUGAUGGGCAUCGCAAAGCAUGGAGGGCAGUGGAAAUUGCAGGUUCUUUCUAUAAAGUUUGUGUAAUUUGAACUGUGUUGUGUAUCUGUGGGUCACUCCCAGAAGUUAAGGGUUGGAAAUAGCAUUCAUAUAUCAUUGGAAGCA